AUGGAUUGCAAGAUGUCUAAAGAGAUUCACGCCCCCUGGUGUCCAGCGUGUAAGCAAAUCCAGGCCGAUUGGGAGGACCUCGGCAAGUCUGGCAGGGAGCUUGGCAUCCACGUGGGAAAGAUAGAUGUCACUCGGGAGCCAGGUACGUGCAGGCAAAUGCACAGUUACCUGACUGAAACACUGGGGAUCCCAGCUUGGGGCUCAUACAUUAUCUUUGCAGUGGCUACGCUAGUGGCAGGUCUCAUUCUUGGCCUGUUUUUAGUCCUAAUUGCUGAUUGUAUAUGUCCCCCCAAACGGCAACAAAAUGAGGUUACAGAGAUUGUCGAGGGGGAAGAUGAGGACUCUGAGGAGCUGGACAGGAGGGAGCAGGAUCCCUCUGAGUGGGAAACGCAUGGUUCAGGAGCAGAGGAUGAAAAUUACAUUCUGAGCGCCAAGCCCUCGGGAGAUGAAUCAGCUUUUGAGGACGAUCAGCCAGCAUCUGAUAGUGAUACAGAUGGGGGACUCCGGAAGCGAAUAAUCAACGAAGAUUGCUAAAUACUCCUUGAUAGGAACAAAUGCCACUAGCAGGGACUCUGACCAAAGAAUUGUGCUUCUGUGGACUUUCUGUCCCGACUUUUCUUUUUGGACUUUGAAAUUUGGUUUGUUUGGAUUCACUUUUUUCUUUUUUUCUCUUUUUGUUACAGAUUUAUCAGCUACGACAAUCUUGAUCAAAUGUUAAUUGAAUAUAAUGUACAGGUUCUGCCUGUAGCCUUUUUAUGAAUAUGAUGCUUUUUGUAGGUUAAUGAAUGUUUUCACGUUUUGUGUUUUAUAAGAGGGGCGGCAGCUUUCCACUCAGCUGCUGGAUCGGUUUCUGUGAGCAGAGGUUGUCUCGAAAGCAAAUAUUGCUGGCUGCCAACUUUGUACAGGGAUCUUGGCCAAAGAGAGAGUGCUCUGGCCUCUGGGCAGCUCGUGUUUUAGCAGGAAUUUGAUUUUCGGGUAAAGAUCAGGCAGGCUUAAGCUUCUCGAUGCAUCAGUUUGUCAACCCCCAAGUGUACGCUCCCUUCAGGAACACUGUGUCUGUACUGUCACUGCAUCGGAUGUAAACGGUAAGAUUUACUAUCGAGGCAGUGGGAGAUGUGGAUGAUUUGCGAUUGUCCUGCCCUCCUUUGGUGCGUGCACUGACUGACUGUACGGUUGAUCCCAGUUUUGAUAUGUAUGUGGGGCACGCUUUGCAGCUGGUAGAAAUGGCUGUCUGCCAUGCUGAGCGAGCACUUUUAGACCUAUUUAUACCAUGUCACCUCCCACCCAAAAACACCCCCGCCAACGCACAAGCCUACCCACUCAUUCCUUUUACUCUUUUUAAUAUAAUGUGGCGGCGCCAGUGUUGGCGUGGGGUGGACAAUGUCACCAGGUUAUAGUCCAACAGAUUUACUUGAAAUGGCAUGCUUUCGGAGCACUUCACCUGAUGAAGGAGCAGCGCUCUGAAAGCCUGUGAUUUCGAAUAAACCUGUAGGGCCGUAACCUGGUGUCACGUGACUCCUGACUUUUUUAACCAAGGGUUUAAUGAUAGCAGGAGUCAGAUCCGCUAGGAACUGUGUUGGCCGAGUCUUGUUCUAACAUUACUGCUGAUCGAACGCACAGGCAAUAAUCCACAUGUCUCAGUGAAAAACCUAUUCCUGGAAUUAAGCCAAUGAGUCAAAACCCCCUGAAUGUACCAUCCUUUGUAAAUCUCCACAUUUUGCCUGCUGGUGCAAUAUUAUGGGAUGGCUGGAUUUGGCUUACACACAUGCAACCCUCACACUCCAGCUACAACCUGAGUUGGAAUGAAAGUGGCUCCUUCUGUACUUGAGGGAUCUGACUCUGGACACUGGGCUUGGGAUUCCAUCAAGAUUUACCAAAAUUUCUUUUAAAAUAUGGUAAUACGCUGCAAUAUUAAGUUUACCAGUAGUAUUUGGAAAAGUUCAAGAGAUUAUCAGAUGGGAAGGGGACAGAUUUAUAACUGUACAGUGUUUUUCAGAAUUAAAUUGUAUCCACUGUUGUUUUGAAACUGUUCACUUUUUUUUAAUACUCUGAGCAAUACAUUGACAAUGAUUGCAUGGCCGUAAAGAAAUACAUGCAUUUCUGUUAAAUCUAACAGAGGUUUUGCCAUUUGUACAUAACCGUUCAGUAUCCCCUGAUGAGAAAUUCAGGCGUGCAGUGCAGAAUUUUGCACUAUUUUUGUAAAGAAUAUUUCUUUUUGUUUUUGGAUUUGUAUUACUGCGGGGGUAUGGAAGAUUGUAUUUUAAAAAUUUACCUUUUUGUAUUUUAUGUCAAUGAUGUCGAAGGUGGAUCUCUCGUAGCGUUUUUUUUGUAAGAAUGCAGAAGUACCUGCUUUAUUUUGUAUUUAUUGCUUUGCCCAUCGUUUGGCUGGCCUUGUUUACAACUUACAUAGAGGUUUGUGAGAACUUGCAUGUCGCUCUACACCUGUGACUACGAUGGGCACAUUGUCGGUCAUUUUUUUGAAAUUCUCGGGCUACGACACUCUCCCAUGAAACUGGUGGUUUAUUCUGAAAGGCUUUUUUUCUGUUUUCCUUCACUUGUGCUGUGCACUGUUAACCGAAGAAUAUACUUGAAGCUGAAAGCAGGUAGCCGCUUCCGAAGGCUAGCAAAGCCAGGUGAAACGGAUGUGGUGUGGACCAAGAUGUUAACUUGCACAGACUUUUCACUCGUUUUACGUUUGGGUAAAUAGCUGUACUUGUUUAGAGGGCAGAAGGGGUGUGUUGACAGCGUCACGACGUAUGGUGUUCAUUUUUUGAGGGACACCACACAAUUUUUACAACGCGGGUCUUUUAGAGAUGUGUCGAUUUGUUAACAGAAGAUGCAAUAAACGCAUGCCUUUUGUACUUUUC